AUGGGGUUAGCAUCCCAAUUCCCAUCCCAUCCCAUCCCCUUCUUUCUCUAUUCCUCGCAAGUCGCACAAUCCAUAUCUAUCUUCUGCUCGCUAACAAGCUGCAGCUGCAAUGGCCGGAAUCAUCGGCGGCGGCGCCGUUUCCCUGACGGAGGAUUUAAUGGAGAGCAUCCUUCUAAGGCUGCCAACCGCUUCCAGUAUCGCUAGAUUCCGCUGCGUUUGCAGAUCCUGGCGUGUUCUCCUCUCAGAUCCCCAAUUCAUUCUCAAGAUCCUCUUCUUCCCCAAUAAUUCCGACGACGAAGAAUCCUCCCUCCAGAUCCUAAUCACCGCCGGCGGAGACGCCGCCACGCCAUACGAAAUCCGCCGCCACCCUUACUCUUUGCUCUCGUACGACACCCUCCUCCCCAUCUCUGCCCCAAACGCAGAAGGGGAUUUGCCCUCCGACCGGCUACCCUGCCACUCUGCAAUCGUCGCCGGGUGUUGCGAUGGCAUAUUCUGUAUCGUCGAGUUCGACCCCUAUUUGAAGGGCGCCCCCGGCGUCAUUCUGUGGAAUCCGGCCACCUCAGAGACCAAAGUACUCCCCGCUUCCACCGCCAUCCCGCACCGCGAGCUCUUUCCUCAUCAGCAGAUCACCGGCUUCGGAUUCGAUCCCCAAACCAAUGACUACAAGGUCGCUAGAAUAUUGUAUUUCGGCGAUGCGUGGCGGGAAGAGAUGGAUGAUCGCAGUCUUGAGCGUUUAACCACGAUUACUUAUGCGGAGGUGUAUAGCUUAAAGAAUGGAUCGUGGAAGAGUCUAACCAUCAAUGAUGAUCUGAUCCCGCACCUUGGCUAUGGCGGCAACUAUGUUCAUCCACAGCAGCAGCGGGACAAUCGCAAUAAUUCUCAAAACCAGAGGAGACAACACUGCUACUGGUUUUAUGCACUGUUUGGAGUUUGCUUUAGUCUUUCCUUCGACAUGACUGAAGAAGUGUUUGAAUCCACCUUCAUAACCCUCCCUCCUCCCCUCCGUGGCCGUAUGGCUUCGAUGGGGUGUUUUAUGCUCAAGGAUUCACUUCACACCAUGUUUCACGAUUCUAGCGGGGAUUGCGAGAAUUACUCCGUAUGGUGCUUGCUGAAACAGGAAGUUGCCGAGUCUUGGAUAAGAUUGUAUACCUUCACGUCACACGCGUGGAUCGUGGAGAUCUUACAAGUUUGGAAGGAGGAUCGGUACAUCUGCUCGCGACAGAGUCGCGGAAGUGUGAGCUCGCAGCCUCACGAAGCUGGAGAAAAGGAUGGAGUGUACAUUUUCUCCCCUUCGACGGGGAAACAUGGCGAUUGUGUUGAAGUUCAAGGCAGAACUCAUCCGUUCCUAGCUCACAUUUUUACUCCGACCCAGGUUUCCCUUUCUGAUUUCGAGUAGUAGUACUGAUAGUUGGAGCACAUUAGAUGAAUGGAACAUUGUAUCUUUUGUUUUUCUUCAUGUUCUUGAUCUGAGUUUCAAGGAGGUUAGUUCUGCAGAGAAGAGGUAUAGAAAAAGAUAAAGAGCUUGGUAGAUGGAACUUAAACUCUCUCUCUUUCUUGGAUUCAAAGAACUUGGGGUUCGUUUGGUAGCUUCGUUUCACUCGUUCUCCAGAAAUCCUAGAGGUUAUUUGACGAUAAAACUAUUGAUGUUAGUUUAUAUAUGAUGAUUUGACUUCUCUUAUCUUUAUACUGGAUUUUUAUGAUGGGUUUAUUUUCAAUUUGAUUGCAGUGUGUAAGAUGAGG